AUGGGUUUCAAAUCAAUCGCUUCCACGGGCAUGCUGGCCCUGUCCGCUACGCACUUUGCUUCCAGCGUCGUGGCUGACGCUCCGACGUGUCCCAAUGACACCCCUCUCAGCUGCUCGACCUCCACCGAGGAGGCCUCCUGCUGCUUCAACACCCCCGGAGGAUCCCUCCUCUUGACACAAUUCUGGGACUACGACCCGGCCACGGGUCCCAGCGACUCCUGGACCAUUCACGGACUCUGGCCCGACAACUGCGAUGGCACCUACGAGGAGUUUUGCGACGAGUUGCGCGAGUACUCCAACAUCACAUCCAUCCUCCAGGACCAGGGCCGCACCGAGCUCCUUUCCUACAUGACCAAGUACUGGAAGGAUUAUAGCGGUGACGAUGAGUCCUUCUGGGAGCACGAGUGGAACAAGCACGGAACGUGCAUUAACACCAUCGAGCCGGACUGCUACACUGACUAUACUCCUCAGGAGGAAGUCGGCGACUACCUUCAGAAGGCCGUCGAUCUUUUCAAGACGCUCGACACUUACAAGGCCCUCGCCAAGGCAGGCAUCAAGCCUUCCACUUCCAAGACCUACACGCUGAGUGAGAUCCACGAUGCUCUCGCGGCGAUCCAUGACGACUUCGCGCCAUACGUUGGCUGCGAUGGUGACUACCUGAACGAGGCUUGGUACUUUUACUACGUCAGGGGUAACCUGAUCACUGGCCAGUACGAGCCUUCUGAGAAGCUCACGCAGUCAAACUGCCCUGAAACUGGCAUCAAAUAUAUGCCCAAGUCCAACGGCCUGGAGUCCACAUGCCCUAACCGCGGUUAA